AUGGACGAAGCAACACCUUCCGCAUCUCAAUCAUCCCCUUUCGAGGCUGGCAUCUAUCUUCCUGGGGGUCAUAACACCGACCCGCCUCUGACAACCGACACGGUCGGUUACCGUUUGAAUCACUUUAUGCUCCGCAUCCGAGAUCCUCAGCGCACUCUGCAUUUCUACGUCGAUCUCAUGGGCAUGCGCACCAUUUUCACCAUGAACGCCGGCCCUUUCACCAUGUACUACCUUGGCUAUCCCCCCACUCCCAGCGACCGCGCCGACCUUUCUGCCUGGGCCUUCCGAGUCGCCAACGUCCGUGAACUCACCCAGACCAUCGGGCUGCUGGAGUUUUACCAUACUCAUGGGACUGAGAAGGAUAAAGAGUUUAGAGUGUCUACAGGGAACUUGCCUCCUAACUUGGGAUUUGGCCAUCUAGGUUUCACUGUCCCGGAUGUUCCUGCGGCUGUCGAGCGACUGAGGGGGGAUGGUGUACACGUGCUGAAAGAGGUUGGGGAUAGUUCCAGGGGCAGUGUUCCUCUCAGUGCUUGGGAAGAGCAUCGCGGCUUGGGGACGGGGGAUGUACAUCCAAAGUUCAAGGAGAUUUACGAUCAGAUUGCGUGUGUGGCUGAUCCGGACGGAUACAUGGUUGAACUUGUUCCGCAGAACAUGCAGGAUCAAUGGGCCUGGUGUAGUUGA